AUGCCGCAGACCGAGGUCUACACCAACGACACGGUGGCCGUGAUGUCCGGCUGUGACCUGUGCUUCACCGACGCCAACUACAGGUUCCUGAGGCAGGACGCCGUCCUGGCAAUGGCCAACCGGAUGUCGGCCGCCCAGAGGAAGCGGCCACGUGUGCACGUCGUGCACUCGACGCCCGCCUGCUACGUGGAGGCAAGCAAGCAGUUAUCGCUUCAUGGGGGAGAAGAUGCUGUAGCUCGAGUCAAUGAACUCGGCGAGGCAGUGGCUACUGUGCAGCACCACGAUGGCAUCACAGGCACCAGCACGGAAGAUGUGGCCCACGACUACGCCAACAUCCUCUACCAAGGCAUCAAGAGAUGCGAGUUGGUGAUUGCCAGUGGCCUGGUCUCCAUGAUGAACCCUGGCGCCACACCGUCGAUAGAAGUGGCCCACCAGCUGGGCUUCUGUCACCUCCUCAACCAGAGCGACUGCCCCCUCACUGAAAGAGAACACGAGAGCGAAAAACAACAGCACUGGAAUAAAGUCGUUACGUUAUCACCCCGAUCGUGGUUGAUUUCCGCUACAUUCUUACACCCGCGUAAGUGUGAGUUGAAAUUAUUGGUGAAACGUUUCUUUGGGUGCCAACAGUUUACCGUGUUGGUGUACAACCCAGCAAGCGUUCCACUCUCGUCGCACGUGCGGCUUCCCAUUGGUGGCACCGAUGAGCCGAUUAUAAGCGUCGUGGGACCUGAUGGAGAGAAGACCGAGUCGCAGGUGGUUCAAUUAGUUCCUCACCGUCAUGCCAUACCGGAAGUCCUGGGCAAUGCCACGUCAUCACUGGUGUUUCAAGUAACGGUGGAGCCAUUGGGCGCCAGCCUGUACCAUGUUAAACGCGAACCAUCUGCUGCCCAAGUGCCCAAGGACUUUCUAGAAGUCGACGAACCGGCCAACUUCAUAGAGAAUGAGCGAUUCCGCAUCGUUGUGAACCCGGAGACUGGCCUGGUGUCGAGCGUCGUGCUGCUGCGGCGCGGGCUGAACGUCCAGCUUCGGCAGACGUUCGGCGCCUACUUGUUCGCGGCCAAGGCGCCGGGAAACAUGAGCCCGCCGGGUCACUACGUGUUCAGCGCCUACCGCGAAGCGGAGGACAUGGGAGACCAGGUCACCUACCGCAUCGUCAAGGGUCCUGUGGUGCAAGAGAUCCACCAAAUCUUCAACGGCUUUGUCUCGCAAGUCAUAGCCGUUCACAAGGACAGUCCCCAUAUCGAGUUCACCUGGACUGUGGGUCCGCUUACUAAACUGUAAGACUCAAAA